AUGGACAAUCUAGCUUUUGAGAUGGCUCGUGGCGGAAUAGUCGAUUCACACGGGGUGAGGUGGUGCAGCAUGGGAGUGAGUACGUGUUCCACCGCCAUGCUUCUGUCUCUUCUGUCUCUGUCAGGGCACCGCCAAUGCGCAAAAGAACAAGGCACUUGCCCGUGCUCACGAGCGGGGAGGGCUGGCCAUGUGGAACGGCAUUGGCUACUAGUACCCUCAUGCAACACACACUCGAUGGGUGGAUGGGCGAUUUCUCUGUGUGUGUGUGCAGUGAAAAGAACUUCGGCCAGAAAGAAAAGCAGGGCGGGUACCUCUAUCUUAUCCGCUGUCAGCCCAGCGCCAUGUCUGACAACAAGGAGGUGCAGCGACAGAUCGUGCGAGUGCUGGAUCCAUCCUUUUCUGGAGACAAGAUUCCGGCCAGGAAGUUUCUCUAUCCGAAGGGUCUGCUCGACCGCUUUGGCCCCAAGAAAAGUGUGCGUGGUGCCAGCGAGCUGGACAGGGUCCGCGCCGCCUGGAAAAACGUGAAGCUCGCUAUCCUGCGUGUCAAGAAAGGUAAGACACAGACACAAGCAGCAUUUGCUGAUGCCGGAGAGGCCACUCGGGUGCGUGUCUCUUCAGAUGGCAGCUUGUUGGUCUCGACCAACCCCACGGCGUUCAGGGAGAAAGACGCCCUCAUGAAAGAAUUGCGGGGAGACCAAUGUGACGGCUCGUGCCAAGCCGACAGCUUCUGA